GCCAGAAGAAAAAAACACCAAAAAAAGGUAUAUUCUGAAGACACCAUUUCAAACACAUCAUCACAUACUUUCUUUCUUUCACCCCAUCAGCUCAUUAGCAAGAACAUUCUUUCAGUCCAUUGCAUAGUCCUAUUUUUUGGGGGUUUUACGGUUUUUUUUUUUUUGUUUUUUUCAAUUAAGAAUUAAGAGCGCUUAUUUCUGUUUUUUUCCUUGUUGUAUUGCCUCCCCUUGAACAGCUUUAGAUCCACCAUCAUCAGCAGUAGUCAUUAGCUACUAUACUUUCGCUUAUCAUUCGUUUGGCUCCUUUAUUUCUUGUACAAACUUUUUCGGUGGGAUUUCGUUUCCAGGUUUGCUUAAACUUUUCGUUGUUUUUUUAUUUGAAGAAGCAGAAACACAACUGGCUUUUAUAGACUUGACAUCAUCUCAAUAUGGACGCGGGUACUGCCUCUACGGAACAAGCCAGAAUAAGACAACAGAUCUUGAUGGGUGAACAGGAUAUAGAUGUGCUUAGUGGGACUUCGGGCACCGCUCCAAAACCGCCGCCAGCGGGAGCGUACCAACAGCAAGCUCCGCUUCCAGUUCAUCCUCAACAAGAGAUGACUUAUCAACAAUUUCAGCAAUUACAGGCUCAACAGCAGCAGCAGCAGCUGCUGCAACAACAGCUCACAAAUUAUGAUUUGAUGAGCCCGAUAAACGCCGGCUUACCUCAAGCGCCUGGGUCGCGUAAAGCCUCCAUGACGUCUCAGUCUACCAUGAACAAAUUUUUCAAACGUAAAGGUGGUGCUGAUGGUUUUGAUGAAAAUGCCGGGGUUGAUAUCGGUGAUCUUACAAAUAAUAUGUCCUUUGACGACAUAACUCAUAUUAGAGAUCGCGGUCCUUACGGCCUCAGUGGUGCUAAAACUCUUGAUACAACUCCCUUUAUUCCAACUUUGGGAAGUGGUUCAGGAGUUAGUGGAAUGACGGGACAAAAAAAUGUAAGUAACAUCCAGUACAGAAAACAAUUGAAUCAUCAAAAGAAAAUGAACUUGGCUUCGGGCGCAAGAGCAAUGUCUCUUGCUGGCUCGAAUCCAAUGCAACAACAACAGUUUUCUCCGAAUCAAAUGAUGCCAAAUGAUCCACGAACCAUGUCUUUGGGUGGGUUUGGUCCUGGUGGCGGCGUUAACACUGGUCCUCGUGCCAUGUCUUUAACCAAUGGUCCUCCUCCUGGUCCUCGUGCCAUGUCCUUAAAUAACCGUAUGGGUCCUCCACCUGUUAAUGGGUUCCAUCCAAUGCAAAAUGGUCAAAUGAUGCCCGGUGGUCCUAGGGCAAUGUCUUUGAGAUCCGGCGGGAUGCCUCCUCAGGGUAUGCCGAUGGGCCCUGGUAAUCCUCGUACCAUGUCGCUAACUAAUGGGCCUCCUCCCACGAAUCCAAGAGCCAUGUCUUUGAAUAAUGGUCCAAAUCCAAUGAUGCAAAAUGGUCCAAUGAUGCAAAACGGUAUGAUGCAAAAUGGCCCAAUGAUGCAAAAUGGUUAUCCUCAACAACAACCUCUAGGAUCUCGUCCAACUUCAAGUGGUCAGUUCAUGCCUUAUGGCCAAAGACCUUCAGGUCUGAAUCCUUACGUUGCUGGUCAACAACAAUUAGGUAUGUUCCCUCCUCAAGGCCCUCAAGCUAAUCAUCAACAAAGUUCAAAUGAUUCUUUGAUGAAUGUCGUCGAAGAAAAUGAAGAAGAAAAAGAUGACGAAAAUUUGGAUGCUGAUCAAAAAUCAAAAUCAGAUACCGCCCCCCGUCGUAAACCUCCUGCAUCUAUGAUUGAAUCUAAUGAAUCGGGUCAUUCUUUACCUUUAUCUUCAUCUUCUCCUUUGAGAGAUCAAUCUAAAAAUGAUAGUAAUGAUGAUGUCAUUUAUAAUUUUGGUGAAGAAAGCCCUUCUGUUUCUCGUAAGUCAACUUUGAAAAAAUCAAAUUCAAUGAGAUUGAGAAAAUUGGAUUUAUUCAAUAAUAAUUCUUCUCCAUCUCGCAAUCAAAAUGAAGACGUUGAUAUUUCUCCUUCUUUCAAUUUGAAAAAUAAAGGCAAUCCAAGAGAAUCGCUCAUUAAAACUGAUGAUCCAGAAGAAUUAGCCCAUAGAAAUGAACAUCGUAAUAAAUUAAAUUCUUUGGGUGCUACAGCAACCUCAAAUUCUUCAAAUGCUACUUCUUUAAAUAAAGAUGUUUUCGUAACUGCUUCAGAUUUUAAUUCCCCAAAUAAAACUCCAAAUAAAAAUGAUUCAGCUAAUACCACUACUGAAUCUGAUGAUAACGAUACUACUUUGAAAGAACGUGGCUCCCCACAUGAUAGAAAACCUCGUUAUAAAUCGUUGGUCACCAAUACUGCCUUUAGUCAGUUCCGUACUGUUAGUAAUGAUUCACCUGAAAGUAACGCUGGUAGUAAAUCUUCAUUUUAUUCGGAUAAUGAUAAGAUUCCUGAUCAUCACGAUCAUGAAGAUCCAUUAGCUAGUCAGCAUAAUUUCUCUGAUAAAAGCACUCUGACUAUUCUGAGAGAAAUUGGAACUCCUCCAACUGCUAAUACUUCAAAUGAUCAACAUAGUACUAAUAAAUCAGAGUAUGUUAAAAAUGAACUCAUGACUAAUCCAACUAUUGAAGAAGAUCCAACUCAAUCAAUCAGUGGGAAUAAUACUGAGAGAGCUGAAAAAACAAAAUCCAGAAGCUUUUCUCUUUCAAGUAAGUCAAAAAAUAUAUUGAAAAGAUUUUCUAAAAGUGGUAAAAGAUCAAGUGUUUCCCAACAUGAUGAGUUUAAUGGUGACGAAGUUUUAAAUGCCAAUGACGACCUUAAUCUGACCAGUUCAUUUGCGUUAUCUCGCAGAAGAUUAUCCUCCAAUAACUCAAUGAACAAUGUUCCAAGGUCACCACUGGUUUCUUUAAAUCAACAAAGUGGAUCACAACCUCAACAAACUCAACCACAACAAACUCAACCUCAACCAAAACCAUUCAAAUUUACCAAAGAAGAGUUAGCAGUUAUGACUAGUAACAAUGAUUUAUUGAAUGAAUUACAAUUAGUCACAACAGAAUUAGCAUCUUCAAUAAAAAGAGAGGUUGCUUUGGAAAAUAAAUUAAAGUCUGGAAAUUACACCUAUGAACAAAGUAAUGAAGAUUUAUCAAAAGAAAUAUUGGAGAAACUGAAGAUCAUCAGUGAGUUACAGGAUAAAUUAAAUAAUGAAAGACGUCUUAGAUUCAUUAGUGAAGAGCAUGCUCUAUUAUUGGAACAAGGUCAAAACCCAAGUCCAUUAAAAUUGAACUAUGAAAAGAAUGAAAUUUAUAAACAAUUAUUAGUGAAGAAUGACAUUGUCAAUCAAUUACAGGAUAAAUUGGAUGAAUUAUCCAUUAAUAAUAGAAAUGAGGGUGAUGAAAACCUCUUAGAUAAGUAUAAUGAUUUGGUACGUGAAAAUAGUGAUUUGAAAUUUAAUGUUAUACCCAAUUUAGAAAAACAAUUGAAUGGAUCAAAUAGUAUUGAAAGACCACCAACAUUAAGAUCAGUUUCAAAUAAACAAUUUUCUUUGCUGGAAGAACAUUUAGAAAUUUCAACCUUAAAAUCACAAAGAGAAGAAUUAAGAGAAGCUGUCACUACUUUGACAUCGAAUCAUCAAUAUGAACUUAAAAUUGCUAAUGAUAAAAUUAAAAACUUAGAAAGUAAAUUGCAAAAUCUCAAUUCAAUCAAUGAUAAAUUAAGUAGGAGAAUGGAAAACGGCAAUUCAAGAAGUGGUAAUGAAACCCCAGUUUCAUUAACUAGUCAAUCAAUCGGGGGUAAAUUACAAGGCUUUAGCAUUGUCUCCCCUACAAAAAAAUUCUUUGAUGAUUGA